AUGACUUCCAAUACUAGUGCUUUUCGAUGGUUAAGCUUGGUAGUGGUAAUAUGGCUUCAGUCCGUCGACGGAACAAACACCAACUUCCCCUCCUAUUCGUCCCAAUUCAAGCAUCUCCUCUCCAUGUCUCAAUUUCAACUCAACAAUCUCGCCUUUGCUUCAGACGCUGCAAAACUCUUGGCUUGGUUGUCGGGCUCUGCUGCUCUUUACUUACCUCUUUGGCUAGUCCAUCUACUUGGUUCCACUCUCGGCUUGCUUGGCUAUGGUGUCCAAUAUCUCUUUCUAACAAAUCAUAUAAUUACCUCUCUCUCGUAUGCACAUGUUUUUUGCCUCACCCUGCUGGCCGGAAAUAGUAUUUGUUGGAUCAACACUGUUUGCUAUGUUGUCGUCAUUCGAAACUUUCCGUCCAAGUACCGUCAGGUGGCUAAUGGACUAACAACCAGCUUCCAAGGAUUGAGUGCUAAAAUCUAUAGAGACAUAGUCGAUGUCGAAUUCAAUUCUUCACCCACUUAAAGAGCCCAAGGCUAUGUCCUUAACUCUAUAUUGCCUCUUAAAAUCUAUCUGACCAAGAUUCUUUCGCCACUUGGUAUUCUAGUCGUUAUGUGCGUGCUCCUAUUGCUUCCAUUAGAGAUUCCUUUGUCAGAAGAAAUCAAAGUAGAAAAGGAGAAGAAAGUGCGUAAUAAUAAUAAUGUUACUAGAGAAGUAGUAAAGGAGGAAGAAGUAAUGGAGGAGAUUGGAGUGAAGAAGAGGGUGAAUUUUUGGUUGUAUUUCUUUGUGUAUUUAUUGGGUGCAACUCUUGGGCUUGUGUUCCUCAACAACUUGGGACAAAUUGCUGAAUCUCGACGUUACCAAGGAACUUCUUAUUUGGUUUCCUUGUCUUCUUCAUUCAGUUUCUUUGGCCACCUUCUGCCAUCUCUCCUGGAUUUCUGCUUUUCAAGGAGUAAGUACAUGAUUUCAAGACCAGCUUCCAUUGUGGCAUCAAUGGCACCAAUGGUUGUAGCAUUCUUUCUACUUCUCAGCAAAACAAGUCUGGCCCUUUACACCAACACUGCCGUGAUAGGGGUUUGUACAGGCGCAAUAACUACCCUUUCAGUGUCAACAACUAUAGAGCUUUUUGGAACAGAGAAGUUCGGCAUAAACCACAACAUUGUGAUUGCCAAUAUUCCUAUUGGAUCAUUGUUAUUUGGCUACUUAGUAGCUCUCGUUUAUCACAAGCAUGGUAAUGGAGAUGGAAAGUGA